UGAAUAUAUUCAAAGAGUUGAAGGUGAUUUUACAUUAAUGUCCUUUGGUCCAUCUAUAAAAUGGAAAACUUGCAUAAACUUCCAUCUUAUAGGCAAAUCAUCAAAUUCAGAAGCUCAUAUAGAGGUGGAACGGGUGAUGAGCAAGUAAGUAAGUGAGAAAAGAAAGAAAGAAAGAUGUCGAAUAAUUCGUAUGUGACAGCUGCAUUCAAAUCAACUCACAAAAACCAAGUCUACUUGUUCAUGUACCCCGAGUAUGUGCUAGAUGACUAUGCACCUGGUACUGCUACUGACACGAUACUGUAUGGACCAGCUUACAUGCGUGAUGUGUUUUCCUCCUUAAAGGAUACAGUCUUUAGUAGGGGAAUAGACAGUGCAUUCGAAUCCCAAGAUCCUGGAGAUGCAUACAUAUUUAUCGGCGUCCAUUGUGCAAAAUGGUUUUAUGCUCCAGACUCAACCAACGACAAGAUUCUUAAGGGUCCUAUGUACGUUUCUGAUAUGUUCCCUUUCUUGAAGGGUACAGAGUUUGAAAAUGGGGUUUUUGCUGCUUUCAAUUCAACAAUUCCUUAUGAGGCUUAUCUGUUUAGCUGGGGAAAUCAAUAUGCUCGUAUCAACUACAGUGACAAUGGCCACCUCAUUACAUUGGGUACCAUAACUCAAGGUUUUCCCUGUUUGAAAGGCACUAUAUUUGAAAAGGGAAUUGAUGCUUGUUUUGCUUCACACAUUCCAAAUCAGGUAUACUUAUUCAAACAUGAUUCCUAUGCACUUAUCCAGUACACUCCUGGCACCACAAGUAAUCAGACGUUGAUCAAUUCAGGGAAAAUCAUAGACAAGUGGCCUCAAUUUGGUAGCCUCUUGCCUCGCGACAAUGCCAAUCAUCUCAAAUUAGUUACCAACUAACUAAUCCUAUAAUUAAUUAAUUUAACACAUGCAUACACGUACUUUCCAUCAUAUCCCUUCAUUUAGGAACAACGCAUGCAUGCAUGCAUGUGUAAUUCUAUAUCUAAGUUUAAUUAUGUUGCAAUCAAUAAUACAAGAGAGAAUGUAUUAGGGCUUCAGCCUAGCUAUAUAUGAGUUGGCCCUCAUCCUCUUAUACGCCCGCAGUUAAUUAGCUUAAUAUGUACGGAGUGUAGACAACGUACUCGCUAGUAGCUAGUCGAUCUAGACAACGUCUCUUAUUUAGCUGUAUGCUUCUAUAAAGCUUGCCUUCUGUAAUAAUCUAUAUAUAUAAUAUACUAAAAGAGAGGAAAUCAAUGUGGUGAUGACAAAUGUCACUCAUUCAUUGCCUCUCUUUUAAUAUAAUAAAUUAAUAAGAUAACAUUUUUAUCAUA